CAACAGCAUCAGCGGCGAGAGUAGCAAGAACAGCAAACAUGCCAACCUAUCCAGAACUCCCAGAUUGUUUCUACUCAAAGCAGCCUACUUUAAUCAUUCCCAACGGCCCAACACCAAAUCAUUUUCUUUAUCUUUCCAACCUUGAUGAUCAGAAGUUCCUUAGAUUUUCCAUAAAAUAUCUUUAUCUUUUCAAAAAAUCUUUAAGCACAGAGAGCUUAAAAUGUUCUCUUUCAAGUCUUCUUGUGGAAUACUAUCCAUUAGCUGGAAGGUUGAGAAAAAGCCCAGAAGAUGAACAUAAACUUGAGGUCGACUGUAAUGGAGAAGGUGCAGUGUUUGCUGAAGCUUUCAUGGAUUUAACUGUUGAGGAGUUUCUUGAUAUUUCCAAAAAACCAAACAGGUCUUGGAGGAAGCUUUUGUAUAGGGUUGAAGCUCCCAAUUUCUUGGAUAUUCCUCCUCUGGUAAUUCAGAUAACGAAUCUACGUUGUGGAGGAAUGAUUCUAUGCACCGCGAUAAAUCACUGUCUAUGUGACGGCAUUGGCACAUCGCAAUUCCUAAAUGCCUGGGCCCACCUCACCACCAAACCUGGUUCCAAUUUACCAAUCAACCCGUUCCACUCACGCCACGUUUUAAAACCCCGAAAGCCCCCACAAACAACCACCACACACACGGAAUUUACCAAAACUGUCCCCGACAAGUAUAGUCCUCAAUCAGACCUCACCCUUAACCAAUAUUUACAGUCUCAGCCACUCGUGCCCACAUCCUUAAUCUUUACCCCCUCACAGAUCCUUCACCUGAAGAGACAAUGCGUACCCUCGCUAAAAUGCACCACCUUCGAGGUUCUAGCAUCCCACACAUGGCGCUCCUGGGUCAAAUCACUGGACUUGUCGCCCUCCUUCAAUGUCAAGCUUCUUUUCUCCGUUAACGUUAGGAGAAGGUUAAAGACAGAAAUGCCACAGGGGUAUUACGGAAAUGGGUUCGUGCUAGGAUGCGCCGAGGCCACGGUCAAGGAUUUGGUCGCUGCUAAUUUGCGUAGUGGGGUGAAGUUGGUGCAAGAAGCUAAAGCGUCACUAACUGAUGAUUACGUGAAGUCUGUCAUAGAUUUGUUGGAGGAUAAGACAGUGAAGACAGAUAUUUCUUCAAGCUUGGUCAUAUCACAGUGGUCUAAAUUAGGGUUAGAGGAUUUGGAUUUUGGAGAAGGAAAGCCUUUGCACAUGGGACCUCUGACCAGUGAUAUUUAUUGCUUAUUUCUGCCGGUGAUCGGAGAUUUUCAUGCAGUUAGGGUGCUUGUGUCGUUGCCGGAGAGUGUGGUUAAUAAAUUUGAGUACUACAUGAAAGAAUUCUUAGAUAGUGGGGAAGAUAAAGGAGAUGCAAAUGGGUACCGUGGAGAAGAAAAUGGUAUCAUAUGAGAGAAAAUAUGGCGUUUUUUAAUUUGUUUUUCUUUAUACUCGGCCUAUUUCGUAUUGUAAUGUCAUAAUCAAGUUUUUUG